AGCAACAUUUCCGCUGUGAGAGUAUAUGAACUGUUAGCUCAUUUCGUUGUGGUUUCUUCACAUCCUGCUAUACAUACAUAAUCUCACACACACAUUCAUACGCAUAGAACACUGCUCUGCCGCCAGGCAACUGUAUAUAAAAGAAAAAAGACUGCUUCACUUCAUCACGUCGUUAUCCACCAUGUCGCAGUGGAAGUCGAUUCAGCGUGAGCCGGUCCCUCCCUCGUACCUCGGCAAGGAUCUCUGCUUUCAGCUUCUAGAGUGCUGCCAGACGAAAGGCAGCCCACACGAGACGGUGUCCCGCGUGCGCCACGGCGAGGUUCCGAUUGUGCGCUUGUACGGCGUCACCACCGAGGGCUUCAGCGUCCUGAUCCACUGCUACAACUACGAGCCCUACCUGUGGAUCGAGGCGCCGCCGAAUUGGUUGCCCGUGCACUCCCACGCGUUCAUGCGGGAGCUCAACAACCAGCUCAGCAACCAGACCCGACUGCAGGACACCGUAGUGCGCGUCGAGGUACAUCAGCGUCGCAGUUUGAUGCACUUUAAAGGAGUUCAACUUGUGCCGCACCUGAAAAUUGUUGUCCAGCUGCCUCAGCACAUCCCAAAGCUGCGCAGUCUGCUGUCGGACCGCGGCGUCUCCUGUCCUGGUGCGUGGGAUGGCAUUCGAGCCUUCCCCACCUUCGAGUCGAACGUGAUCUUUCCCCUUCGAUUCCUCGUGGACAACGACAUCGGCGGCAGUAACUGGGUUACUCUGCCUCCCGGCAAGUUGGUCUCGUGCCCCGUCAAGACGUCGGCGUGCCAGAUUGAAGUUGCCUGUUCGCACGAAGACUUGCAAAACCACGAACCCCUUGGCGACUACCUUUCGAUUGCCCCGUUUCGCAUUCUCUCCAUCGAUAUUGAGUGCCAGGGGCGGAAGGGACUGUUUCCUGAGCCGGAGCACGAUCCGGUCAUUCAGAUUGCGAACCACUGCGUGCUGUACGGGCACGAGUCCGAGCCGUUGACGAAGACCAUUUUUACGCUGAAAAGCUGCGCUCCUAUCGCGGGGGCGCAGGUGUACUCGUACGAUUCCGAGUCGGAGAUGCUGCUGGCGUGGGCGAUGUUCAUGAAGGCGCUCGACCCGGAUCUGCUCACGGGCUACAACAUCUGCAACUUCGACCUUCCCUAUCUGCUGAACCGCGCCAUCACGCUGAAAGCCAGCGACGCGUUCCAUUACUGGGGCCGGCAAAUUCAUGAGCGCACCGUCGCACGCAGCAAGCAGUUCCAAUCGAAGCAGAUGGGCAACCGUGAGUACAUGGAGGUGACGAUGGAGGGUCGUAUCAUCAUGGAUGCCAUGGUCGUGAUCCAGCGCGACUACAAGCUCCGCUCCUACUCCCUCAACUCCGUCUCGCAGAACUUCUUGGGGGAGCAGAAGGAGGACGUGCACCACUCCAUCAUCGCAGAUCUCCAGCAGGGCGACGAGGAGACCCGCCGUCGGCUUGCGGUCUACUGCCUGAAGGACGCCUACCUGCCAGUGAAACUGCUGGAUCGGCUCAUGUGCGUUGUGAACAACGUCGAGAUGGCGCGCGUGACCGGGGUGCCGGUGGGCUGGCUGCUGGAGCGUGGUCAGCAGAUUAAGGUCUUCUCAAUGCUCCUGCGGAAGGCGCAGAAGAAGAAGAUGCUCGUCCCCACGGUGGAGUACACCGGCGGCAACGACCGCGGCUACGAAGGCGCCACCGUCCUUGAUCCCGUCACAGGCUUCUACAACUGCCCUGUCGCCACCCUCGACUUUGCCUCGCUGUACCCGUCGAUCAUCAUCGCGCACAACCUGUGUUACUCAACACUCGUCCGCCCAGCUGAUGUCCAGCUGUACCCCGCGGAGUCCCUUGACCGCUCGCCCACCAACGACUACUUUGUCAAGAAGGACGUCUCCCCGGGCAUCCUACCGGAGGUGCUGCAGGACCUGCUCGCCGCCCGUAAGCACGCCCGUGCGAUGAUGAAGGACGUCCCAAUGCACUCCCUCGAAUACAAGGUGCUGAACGGCCGCCAGCUCGCCUUGAAGGUCAGCGCGAACUCGGUGUACGGCUUCACUGGUGCGCAGGUGGGCAAGCUGCCGUGCCUCGAGAUCAGCGCCUCGGUGACGUCCUACGGCCGUGCCAUGAUUGAGAAGACAAAGAAAUUGGUGGAGGAACUGUAUCCCGGCACACGCGUGCUCUACGGUGAUACCGACUCUGUGAUGGUGGAGUGUGUGACUGACGAGAAGGCGAGCGACAAGGUGCGCUUGCAGGCCUCCAUGGACUUUGGUGAGGAGGCAGCGGCGAAGGUGUCCAGUCACUUCUUGAAGCCGAUCAAACUCGAGUUCGAGAAGGUCUACUUCCCUUUCCUGCUCAUGAACAAGAAGCGCUACGCAGGGCUGCUGUGGACCAACACGGAGAAGUUCGACAAGCUGGACGCAAAAGGUAUCGAGACGGUGCGCCGUGAUAACUGCCCGCUCGUCGCCCGCAUGGUGUCUGGUGUGCUGAACCGCAUCCUCAUCCACCGCUCCGUCGAGAGCGCGGUGGAGUUUGUAAAAGGCACCAUCAGCGAUCUGCUGCUGAAUCGGCUCGACAUUUCAAACCUGGUCAUCACCAAGGCUUUUUCCAAGGCGGAAGACGAGUACGCCGGCGCACAAGCGCACAUCGCUCUCGUCGAGCGCAUGCGUCAACGCGAUCCAGCGUCGGCGCCGACCAUUGGGGAUCGUGUCGCCUACGUCAUCAUCAAGGCCGCGAAGGGCGCCAAGGCGUACGAGCGCAGCGAGGACCCGAUUUACGUCUUGGAGAACAACAUCCCGAUUGACACGCAGUACUACCUGGAGCAUCAGCUGUCCCCGCCCAUCAUGCGCGUCUUUGAGGGCGUGCUGGAUGACCCAAGUGUCCUCAUCAAGGGCGACCACACGCGUCACAUCGCCAUCUCCGCUCCCAGCAAGAACGCCGGCGGCCUCAUGAAGUUUGUGAAGGUUCAGCUGCAGUGCAUCUCCUGCCGCGCCGUCGUAAAGGAAGGGGCGCUGUGCGAGAACUGCAAAAAUAAGGCGCCGGAUGUGUACGGCAAAGUCAUUGCGAAGCGCAACCACUACGAAGCGAUUUAUUCACAGGUAUGGACGCAGUGUCAGCAAUGUCAAGGGUCGCUGAACCAGGAGGUGAUUUGCUCGAGUCGCGACUGCCCGGUGUUUUACAUGCGCAAGAAGGUUCAAAAAGACCUGCGCGAGCAACAAGUGCUGCUUGACCGUUUCGGCGUUGUGGAUGAUUGGUAA